AUGAGUGCCCCUGCUUAUAUGAAAAGAGGCAACGUUCCUUUGCAGGAUUCGGGCGCCGCAAUGGGGAACUUGAAUCCGAUGUCAGCGGCUGGCCAGCCAGCAAACCCCUAUUUCACAUUCACGGCCGCGUCUCCCAACGCUCACCAGAAUCCCCAGCUGCCCAUGCCGGCGAGAAAAAGAAUCUGGGUCAAACGUCCCGGGGGCAACGCCACAACGCUGUUUGUUGGUCCUGGAGACCUUGUGGACGACGUCAAGUCUCAAAUAAUGCUCAAGUUCCCUACUACACUGGCACAGCAGUUCGACCCGUCAGAGCUCAUCUUGAAACUGGAGGUCCCGUCCGUUUCGUCUCCGUCCGCCGCCGCGUUCAGUGUUCCGUCUAGCCACACUCAGCGCGACCCCACGUACCAGAGCUCGCCGCUAACGGCCCAGAACGCCACGUUUGCGCCAAAAACUAUCAUGAGCCGUUCCAGCAGCACCAACUUACAAGGCAACAAAAUGUCCAAAAUGAGGCCUCACGCGGCUGCCGGGGAGAAUCCCUCGCACCACGCGCACCCGGUGUCGCCGAUUCCUGUGUCCGCGUCCAAAUCGUCGCUGUUGAACCACAGCGACGUCUCAGCAACAGACAGGGUGCCCGAAACGGCUCACAGACCGUCGCCCCUGGGCCAUACCAAAGCCCACACCAAACCGCGUACUACCACCAUAGUUCUGGAGCCCGAUGCUUUCAUCUGGAAAAUACUGGAACAAUACUUCCCGUCCGGAAUGAAGCUUGAGGACUCGUUCAUUAUCGACACGCCGUAUCCGGUAGCCGAAAAAAGAUCUAGUGUCAAGACCACCGCAUUCCCUCAAGUGGCUGAAACGAGUUUUUUCAACCAGACCAGCGCAGGCGCCUCGUUUAGCUCGGAAGUGAAAGACGCUGCGAACGCUCCGCCUUUCUAUAGCGGCUCGCUCACAGGCAGGUCCAACCCGACAAAGACACCCCAGGAUGCCGUCUUUACAGACAACAACUACUCGGGAAAGGUAGCUGUGCUGGGCGAACAAGGGCUGCCUCCUCCAAGAGAGUUCACGAGGCUAGGACGCAGCUCUGUCCAAGACCAAAAUCAGUCUUCAUCCACAGUGAUACUUUUUCCAAAGGGCACAAGAACGGGCAGUAAGUCGCCUGCCUCGCAAUAUUCUAAUCACGUCUCAACUCCUGGAAGAACGCCGACAUUCGAGGAGACCCACGCCGCUGACGAGACUAAUAAGGCUUCUGGGACUCCAGAAAGCGCUUCGUCGUCUUCGAAGCACUCUAUUUUGUUGAAACACGGGCCAAAAAAGGAGGAAGUGGCCUCAGCCCUGCGUCUGAAGCAGCAGCCAAAGCCAGGAAUUAAUAAGAUCCUGACCAACAUUAACGUGCUGGUUGUGGAGGACAAUCUGGUGAACCAGAAAAUUCUGGCCAGACACCUAAAAUCCUGUAAUGUUCAGUUCAAGAUCGCCAGCAACGGAGAAGAAGGCUUGCAGUUGUGGAAGGAAGGAGGCUUCCAUCUUUGUUUCAUGGAUAUCCAGCUGCCUGUGAUAUCGGGGAUACAGGUGACGGAGGAAAUUAGACGGCUGGAACGGCUCAACAGGAUUGGGAACUUUGCCAACUUGUCUCUUCCGACGGAGCAGGAAGAGCUGAAGCCUGCCGAUCAGCUCGACCAUGAGCUGUUCCGUUCGCCGAUCAUCAUUGUUGCGUUGACUGCGUCGACCUCGGCCGCUGACAAGCAACAAGCUCUGGCAGCUGGCUGCAACGAUUAUUUGACAAAGCCCGUGCAGCUGAAGUGGCUCCGGAACAAACUCACGGAAUGGGGGUGCAUGCAGGCGCUGAUCAAUUACGACCAUUUCAGAAACGGCAAGGAUUAAACGUUCAUUCUGUCUUCUUUAUUCGUUCUUUUGGCUGUACAGAAUCUACAAAGGCUCUCUGGCGGUGUCAAGGUUGUUUGUCUCGCGUGCAAAUGCGCCCGGAAGCGCACGUCUCGGGCUCGUUGGUUUUCUGGGGACCCGCGAUUGCAAAAAGGCCUCAUACUCAGAGUAUGCUGGCGAGGUUGCGCCCAAAAAUGACGUGGAACCGCAGCAGUCGCUGUGUUCUUCCUGUAUCUGUUCUCUCAAAUAAGCCAUGAGCUCCAAAACCUCGGGGUUCUUAUAAUUCUCCAGCUCGGACUCCGGAAGCAAAUAUAUGAGGUUGUGAGGUGUUGGUGGUGUGGAAAAGAAUAUCAGGACCUCUCCAAGUAGGUCGGUCUUGUAUCCCGACUUGAUCAGCGUGCAAAUGUAUUUGAACACUUUGUACUGCGGAGGAACGUGGGGAGUCAUCUUCCAGGCGGCAAACUUCCUGUCGACCUUCAGAUGUCUGGACGCGGGAUAUUUCCAGCAGCACACGCUGUACUUGACCACGAUCUCGAUGAAGGCGCCAACCAGAAUUGUCGGUAUCUCGUUAUCAUUGAUGAUGAAGUCCGAUUCCACCAGCUGCUCGAUCAGCAUGCCGUACGACAUGAGGAAUAUGCGCGGGUUAUUGAAUUUUUGGAGCCCGAACGAGUUGGCCAAAAACUUGAUGAUCUCGAGCACUUUGGAGGCUGUGUCCAAAGAGCAGUUGAACAGGUUCAGCCGAAUCAUUGUCAGCUCUUUUUCAAUCUCCACAACCGAGCUCUCCGAGUAGAGCGGUUUCUUAGGAAACAAAAUGUCUGUAGCUAGCAAUUUAUUGUCGUCUCCGUCAACAAACUCCUGGAUCAGGUCCAAAGGUUCUAGCUCGUAGAGCUGAACCAUGGUGUACACUCUCUUGGGCUCAUGUUCGAGGUGGCCGUCUGCUUCUGGGGAGUACUGUUCGUAGAUGCUCAUAAAGCGGGUGUUGUCUGCGGACUGCUCCACCAGGGAUCUGUCAUCGUUCACAAGACAGGACGUCUCGGGCGCAGCCUCGCUGGUGGCCGUAUUUUUCACGGCAUCGGGCGAAACGCUGCCGUGGACGACGUCGAUGGGAGAGAGUUUCGAGUCGAUCAUCGACGACCAGGUCGGCAUGUAUCCGCCGUCGAUCGGCGCAGAGAACUGCGUAGAGGCAGACGGUUUGCCUGGUACACCCUUGGGCGUGCCGCGCUUGGAGAUCUUGUGUAGAGAGUCUUUCCAGGAGUUGAGUGUCCGCGUGACCGCUGGCGUGUGUUGCUCGGCGUCGGGAAAAGCAAGACUGGCUUUGGCCAGGUUGCGUGCUGGGCCCGGCGAAAAAGCAGAUGCUCUGUUGGACGCCUCCCGCAGCGUGGCGCCGCUGUAUGCGCUCCGCGGCUUGGACUCCUCGUCAAGCUCUUCGUCGUCGUCGCAGGAUGUGACGUCUUUUUCGUAAAGAUUGACCCGCCUGAGAAGAAGACUGUACUCUCGGUAACCAAAAUAGACAGCUCCGCAGAAGACGGCCAGCAGAGUUACGAAACAGGCAAUCAGAAAGACCAGUAUCACAAAGUCCUUCUUCUCAAACGUGUAUUUCAGCGGCUGGGCCAAUUUGCUGAAAAAGGAGCUCUUCUUCAGCGACUCUGUGGCGUUUUCGGCGGCCACGGCCUCCUCGAGAUAGCUGGGUUCUUUGUACUGCUUGAACUCGGUCGCCGCGUCGAAGUUGCCGCCUAGAAGAUCCUCAAAGUCAUCUCUUCUGAUUAUCCGCAUGGUGGUUGCAAAAGAGCAAAAGAUUGAGAGAGCGGCUGCGAUGAGCGUCUAAAAUAAGCUGCUCCCAAAAACCCGCACAGCCCAGAUUAGGGGACUAUUUUUUUUUUGGUAGCUCACUUGUUGGCUACAGGCAGGUCCUGGUAGCCGGUGUCUAUGAAGGCGCGAUUUAGGUACGUUUUCCACAAUUUUUUUGCGCCAGCGAUUUCCACGUCGUCGUCGGCGGCAACAGCGGCGGAUUUCGCCAGUUUCCGCGCCAUCUUCAGCCAGUCAGAGACCAGCAAGCUCUCCAUUUGGUACUCGUCGUCGUCUGUCGAGUACUCCACCUGGUACUCAAAUUUCCAGUUGGGAUGUUUGGCCGCGUAUUCCAGAUCAACGUAGUACUGGGUGUAUCUUUCUGGAGAAAAAAGCUGGGGUGUGUAUGCGGGGCCCAGAGGCAGAUCUGCCGGCAUGAUUGGCGGGAUUGUAUUGUCUUUCGACGCUUCGAUGUCCAGAGUAUCCUGACUAUCUGCUGCGGCAAGUUCCGCGUCGAGCCGAGCGAAAAAUUGCUCCCAAGGCUCAUAUAGUGGUUCCUCGCUGCUGUAUAGCUCCGACACGUUGUACUCCCAAACACGGAAGCCAGGGUUGAAUGUGGGCACCACCGACGCGCUCACGUGCGCAAAGGAGUACCGCUCGCCGUUCUUGCCGGCCUUUUUCGGGCCCUUGAGCUUGGCGUACAGUCCGUCUCUGACGUUUUCCAGAUACGACACUUUUCCCGAUGGAGCGUUGUCGUAGCGCCGCGAGCCGCGGUCAAUCUCAAAGUCGUCGUCAAGCAUCCCAAACUCCUCGUAUGUUUCCAAAUCGUCCUUUUCGUCGUCGUCGCCGUAGGUUUCGUAGUCCAGCUUGCCCAAUCUUUUCUCAAUCGUUCUCCAGGACUUUACAGAGUCCAGCGGCACAAAAUGGUCGAUGUUCAUGUGGCCGUACAGCGAUCCAAUAAUGAUGUCUCGGUAUUCGUGCUGCCAGACGCUCAUUUUUGCGUGGCAGCUGUAAUGAAGGUUUUUGGGCACCGGCGGAACGUGGCCGGUCAGCCAGACCUUCAUGUUGCGUUUGCGCAGCUCCUUGAGCACAAAACCAAGCCACUGAAACAGCUUGUAUCCGGGCUCCUUGCGGUUGUAGCAGUUGUCGCACAGCGGGUUCGAUUUAAACAGGUACAGCGUGUUUAUGGACACCACAGCCAGCUUGUUGGGGAUGACCUCUCUGAAGAAAUAGGCUCCCCUGUCGAAAGUGUGCAGCUGUUCUGUGGGGACGAAAUCACGCCAGAUCUUGUACAGCUCUCUAGUCUGCAACGUGGGUCCCGGAGCAAACAGGUUAUGAGGAUAAACGUCGUUAUUACCCAGACUCGGCACGAUCUUGACGCGGCGAUCCAGCGGCAUGAUGUCCUCCUCGCCGUCGUCCAUAAACACGCUGCUCAUUUUCUCGGCCACUUUCUCGUUCAUGGAGAAUAUCUCGCUCUCGUAACGUGGGUUUUUGCGGUCAUUGUCGUGCCGAACGUUGUCCCCGGUCCAAACAACAAAGUCAAUUUUGUCCUUCAAAUUGUCCCGGAUCCAUUGGAGAGUCGCCUCGUAGAGCUCCAACGGCGAGUCACAGCCGCUCAUCGCGUCGCCGUACCGGUGCAUCACCUCGUCGGGCAGAGCCUGCUUGUCUUUGCGAUGGCAUUUAUUCUCGAACGACGCACCAAUUUUCGACAAUUCGUCCGGAUGGAAGUCAGUCACAUGGAGAAACCGGCCGUGCAGGACGGUCUUGUCCACCACGGCGUCGCCAGCCAGUGUGGUGACUGCGAUUGAGUGGUGGGGUGUCAGCCCAAGCCUAUAGUACUCUUCUGCGUCGUUGUCGACUAUCCCCGAGGAAAUGUAGGAAUAACCAGAUGUGGCAGUUAUGUGCACACGCCGGCUGCGCUCCAAAACCUCUAACAUCCCGCCCAGGCCCAACAGGACCGC